GCCUGACUGUUUAAAAACCAAUUGAAUUCGGCCCAUUUAAGUAGAUUGGCUAAAGGCCCACCAAACUCAUUUAUCAGUCGAAAGCGAGUCGAACCUCGUGAGCUCAGCGCAAUCAGUUCGUACCGUAAACGUAAUAAGAAAGGCAGACAACCAGGCUAACAAGUUGCGACUUCAAACACGCCUCAUAUUAUUAACAGGAAGUUUAAAGUGUGUGUGUUUUGUGCGAUUUAGUAAAAUACUUAUCUUAGAACAGUGUUAGUAACGGAGAGUUAGGCGAUCAUUAAAGACGCGAAGCGACGACCAGUGGAAAUUGUUUCUUAGCGGCAUAACGUUAGUGAGUAAAAUGUCGUGCAAAAGAACUCUGAUCUGCAGUAUCGUGCUGCUUUUUCUGCUAAGUGGCAACCACGGCGUCUUAGCACUAUUCGAGGGCUGCGAUAGCACCUUCAACAUAAACCCUGGCACCAUCUACUAUGUGCAAUCUCCGUAUUACCCCAAUACAUAUCCUACAGGGACGUCCUGCCGCUAUCAAAUUAUUGCACCAGCGGACUAUACGGUCGAAGCCAAUUGCACCAUCGAGUUACCCAGUAGCGACGGUCAAUGCACAACGGAAAAUUUUUAUGUGAGCACCGAGGGCGAUCCGCAACUUCGCGAUUCGGAACAGUUUUGCGGCCAGGGCACAUUUACGCGCGUCUCCUCAUUUCGUAAGCUGACUUUAGCGUAUGUCUCCUACAAUAGAGGAAAUGGAGGCAGAUUCCUUUGUUCCUUAAUCGCACAACCGCAACAAUGCGAAUGUGGUUGGUCGAUGUCCACGAAAAUCGCCAAUGGACAGCAAGCCGGCAGUAAUGAGUUUCCAUUUAUGGUCGCGCUGGAGAAUUUGGCAUCCAACGCGCUCAUUUUUUGUGGCGGCACCAUUAUCUCGCAUUUCCACAUAAUCACCGCCGCUCACUGCGCUAGAAUGCAACCUGACGCCUCUAAAAUCAUAGCGCACGUUGGUUUUACACUCAGAUCAGCAGUGAACACGUCUCGUUAUUCGGCAGCUUAUGGUAUUGAAAGUAUCAUUAUACAUGAAGGCUACAGGGAUGAUCCGCCCGUUAAUGACAUCAGUGUGUUGGUAACCAAAGUAUUGAUUGAGUGGGAACGCGGCGUUGGUCCGAUCUGUCUUCCACCAGCUGGUUCAUCGACCUUUUCUUACCAAAACGUGGACGUUGUCGGCUGGGGAACCGAAAGCUUUGCCGGCCCGACCACAAAUGCACUAAUGAAAGCUAAUCUUAUGGUGAUCCAGAAUUCUGUGUGUCAGGAACAGUACGAUGUGCCAAUUUAUUCGUCUCAAAUCUGCACCACGGACUACUCUGGACAAGGGCGUGAUGCAUGUCAAUUUGACUCGGGCGGUCCGGUAGUGCUGCGCAACUCACGUAUGUUUCUUGUUGGCUGUAUUAGCUUUGGCCAAGCCUGCGGUCAGCCGUAUGGGACCGGCGUUAAUACGCGCAUAACCUACUUUUUGAAUUGGAUUCGGCAAGUAACGGCUUACUCGACAUGCGUGAAACCACUGGGUUAAUGCCGUUAAGAUAUACCGUAUAUUGUAUACAUACAUAUAUUGUAUACAUACCUUUAUCUGUAUAAAUAAAUAUAUAUUGUAAACAUAUCUUUACACAAGAAGU